UCCAUGGCACGUAGAACAAUCACAAUUCUCCUCCUCUUCACCUUCAUUUCCUCUCAAUUCCACAAUUCAACGGUGGCACAAACCUUGCUCCGGUCCGGUUACUGGCUAGCCGGAAGCGACUUCCCGGCCGCCGACAUAAACUCCGCCUUGUUCACCUACCUAAUAAGCGGAUUUGCCGAAGUAGACAACUCCACCUUCCAAGUCUUCAUCCCCUCAAACUACGCCCAAAACUUCACUUCCUUCCCCUCCGUCGUUAAUCGCAAAAACCCUUCAAUCAAAACCCUAAUGUCUAUUUGGAACGGACAAGCUGCUACUGGUCAAUCGAUUAGUGGCGACCCAGUUAAUUCUUCAGUCUUGUCUUCCGUGGUUGCAGUAGCUUCUAACAGGAAGUCCUUCAUUGAUUCGUCGAUUCGAUUAGCUAGGCUUUAUGGGUUUCAAGGGAUUGACCUGUUUUGGCUUUGGCCUAAUAGUACUGACUUGUCAAGAAUUGGGGAUUUGUUGGACGAGUGGAGGGCUGCCAUUUCUUCUGAGUCAAGAAAUUCUAAUCAGUCCGAGUUGGAAUUGACAAUGGGCAUUCGUUACUCGCCUAACCUUCAAUCGGUUAGUUAUCCGGUCGAUUCGAUUAGGAAGAAUUUAGAUUGGGCACAUUUGGUGGCAUAUGACUAUCAUUUGCCAUUGAAGGAGAAAUUUACAGGAAACCAUGCUGCUCUGUAUGACCCAAGAAGUAAUAUCAGUACUGAUUUUGGGCUAAAUCAAUGGUUGGGUAUGGGGAUGCCUGCCAACAAAUUGGUUUUGGGUCUACCCUAUCAUGGCUAUGCUUGGACUCUAGUGAACGCCAGGGACAACUCUGUUGGUGCACCUGCCUCUGGUCCUGGUACCACCCUUGAUGGUUCAAUGGGUUACAGGUUCCUCAAAUCUUUCAUUCAAAAUUAUGGUUAUGGAGCAAGACCUGUGUACAAUUCAACUUAUGUGGUGAAUUACUUCACUGUUGGAACAACUUGGAUCAACUAUGAUGAUGUGGAGACUGUAAGAGCUAAGAUUUCUUAUGUAAGGCAGAAGGGGCUAAUUGGAACCAAUGUGUUUACGGUCGUCAAUGAUGACAAUUGGGCACUUUCUCUUGCAGCUGCUGGAGAAACGGAGCACGGAAGCAACCAGCGGCGGUUGUUGCUGAUCAUUUUGCUUCCAAUUGCUUUUAUUGUGAUCGUAUUAGUCUCCGUGGUUUACUAUCGACGAGGCAGGCUAUUCAAGAGGAAAGGGGGAGCAGAAACAGAAACCAUAAUUCUUGGGACUAGAACUUUAUCUGGCUCGGAACAACUCGAGAGUGAGGCUCCAAGAAUCCAAGUGUUUACUUUCGCACAAAUCAAAGCAGCUACAAAUAACUUUUCAAAUGCAAAUAAGCUCGGAGAGGGUGGAUACGGCCCUGUAUAUAAGGGUGAAUUAUCAAGAGGACAGCAAAUAGCAGUGAAAAGGCUUGCAGCAUCAUCUACUCAAGGACUCGAGGAAUUCAAAAAUGAGGUUUCACUUACUGCAAGACUUCAGCAUGUAAAUCUAGUUCGAGUUAUGGGAUUCUGCAGUGAGAGGGAUGAAAAUAUGUUGAUUUACGAGUACAUGCCAAAUGGAAGCUUGGAUCUCUACCUCUUUGACCCAAUCAGACGAUAUAUAUUGGAUUGGAAUAAACGCGUUCGCAUCAUCGAAGGGGUUAUUCAAGGGCUUCUUUAUCUCCAAGAGUACUCCAAUUUUACUAUAAUUCACCGAGAUCUAAAGUCUAGCAACAUUUUACUAGAUGAGGAGCUGAACGCUAAGAUAUCAGAUUUUGGGAUGGCUAAACUUUUCAGAAAAGAUUUAACCGAAGCAAACACAGGCCGGAUUGUGGGAACAUAUGGUUUUGCUCCUCCUGAAUACUUGAAGAAAGGUAUAUACUCCAUGAAGUAUGAUGUAUAUAGCUUCGGAGUUCUGCUUCUGCAGAUCAUAAGCAGCAAGAAGAUUACGAAUUUUUAUGGUCCAAGCGAAAAUUUGAACCUUCUUGAAUAUGCAUAUGAGUCGUGGAGAGACGAGGGAGUGAAGGAGUUCAUUGAUCCGUCAUUGAAUGAUUCAGCUUCGCCUUGCAAACUCCUGACAUGUAUGCAAGUAGCACUGCUGUGUGUUCAGGAAAAUCCUGAGGACAGACCCUCCAUGCUUGAAGUGUUCUCAAUGAUCAGAAGCGAUACGACCAACAUUUCGAAUCCUAGAAGGCCAGCAUUUUCUGUGAAGAAGGAUGUAAAGAUGGAGAGUGGAUCCUCAUCCCAGCCAGAAAUCUAUUCAUAUAAUGAUCCAGAAAUCUCUCAACUGCAACCCAGAUAGUUCACACAGUUGUCUCUAUUAACCAACUGUUCAUACUGUGAUACUGAUACAACCCCUACAUGGAUGUUGAAACCCACAAAAGAUUACCUCAUGGGAAAGAAAUGGAGAGCUUGAAUGGAUUAUAAACAAGUGGUUGGACCCAAGUUUACAAGCCAUCUUUUUGUGAGCCAUAAUGAGCCCUCCAACCACUUGUUUAACAUGCCCAAUUUUAGGCCCCAUUUAACGUGGAUUCCCACAAUGUAAAGAAUGUAACAUAUACUCCUUUUUUUUUUUUUUAGUAAACAUAAUUCUGAUGUAUAUGUAUGUCUUUUCUUUUUCUAACAUGAUAUUAUAUUCUUUU